AUUUCUUCUAAUCAUGACGACAGCUGCUUCUUUAUUUCUUGAAGAAACUUAGGUAAAACACGACAACCCGAAUAAAAACCGAGCCUUCUUCAAGCCGUAGUCCGUUAACAACGAUAGCCAAACUCGCAUCCUCCAAAUCAAUCCCGCGACAAGAAGGAAAGCAUGGCUGAUCAAGCUCGCCGGCGUCGAAAUCGCCCGGACAGCAAGCAGAUGUGGGACGAGUCUGAACGCCGCAGCCGCCACGAACCAGACGCACGCGACAAGAGGGGCGAUCGCGGUCGCGAUCGAGAAGACAGCCACCGCGAUAAAGACCGUCGCUAUCGAUCCAGGUCGCGAUCCCCCCGACAAGACCGCCGCGGGGGACACCGUGACCGUCGCGAGCCUGAGAGAGAUCGAGCUCGAGACAAUGACAGAGCGCGGCCUAAAGGGGAUGAUCACCACGAUAGGAGAGGGAGAGAUAGGCGACGCGGCAAGGACGAGGGCGCGACUAGAGGACCAGGUCGGGACCGAAGUCCACGGCGCUCCGCGUCACCUGCUCGAAGUCCAGCCGGCAAGCUAGACCGCAGCGCACACUCGCACAGCAACUCUCCGCUUCCAACGCGACCACGCCCCAAUAGCAGCAAACCCGAGGCCAGCACAUCAUCACUACAGUUCAAAGUCGGUUCCAAGCCCCAACCACACGAAGAGGAAGCUUCCAACCGCGGUAGCGCUAGUGCUAGUAAGAGUGCAGCAGGGAGCAAACACGACGCGCAGGAAGAGCAGGAGGACAGCAGAAGGCGAAGAACCGAGACGCCGGAUAGAGGGGAUGCUAUGGACGAGGACAAGGAGGAGGACGACGAUGAUGUAGUAGUGGAAGACGACGGUUUAAGCGCGAUGCAAGCUAUGAUGGGCUUUGGCGGUUUUGGCACGACGAAGGGCACGCACGUCCUGGGCAAUAACGCAGGUGCCGUGCGCAAGGAGAAAAAGACGGAGUACCGCCAGUAUAUGAAUCGCGUUGGCGGGUUCAACCGUCCUCUAAGUCCCACGCGGCAAUAGAUUGUUUUAUGUUAGUCUACGGGAUAGGAGAAAUAAUGAGGCGGAGAGAAAGGGAGUUAUCCUACGGCCAAUGAUACCACUAGAGAUAUUAAUACUAAGAUGAAUCAGUUAUGAGGUGUGGUGGCUAGGUUGUCUAUUCUUAAUUCGGUACUCGGUCACAGUUGUUAUACCGAGGAGUUUGGUUUUAUAUGAACAAUAAUGUGAGACUUGUAUUUGAUAUACCCUAUGUACCUAAUGUAUCGAGUUACUAAUUAAGACCAUGAUUCUGAU